GUUUGGUAGAGAAAGAUCGAAUACCCAAAUUACAAAGCGUGAUAUUGCCGCUUCACAUUUGGAUUCUUUGACUGGGAAUUGGGAUUCGAUCAUUCAUCAAAGAAAUGCCGGUGAGAGUGGUGGAGAGCUCUGCACCUUCCCAAGUUUCAGAUAUUUCGCUUUCCUUCAAAAAUAAUUGCAAUAGAAUAAUGUUCAGUGCCAGAUUUAGGGCUUCGUUUGUUGCCUAGAAAAUACCGGAAAUUUAUUUGAAAUUCACAGCUUGGCCUCGUCAAAAAGGUUUUUUUGUUUGUGGGUCUAAUCUAUAUGUUCAUGCUUAAUUGUGAAGGCGCGAGUUGUGGAGAGACAUUACCACAAGUAUGCUCACUUUUGAGUGUUGGACAGGCCUUCUCUGGUACUCAGAAUGUUUCUAGCCUACAGAAAGAUGAAGCAUGGAGAGUUAACGUUCGAAUACAGGGAUGUGACCUUGAACAUGGGUAUCUAUGUGGGACCAUGGAAGCUCUCAAUGUGCCUAUGGCAGACACACCAACCUAACUACCCAAAUCAAUGGAUGAUUUAAUUUUGUGAGGAAUUCAAUAUUUUGAGCUUUCAAAGCAGUGCGGCAGGGGCUCAUUUGAAGUCUGACUUCCGAGGGAGCGGAUGCAAAAUAAAGGCAUGUUGUCCAAACUAGUAUUGCUUCUGCCUCUCCUAAUUAGCUUAGUAGCCUCCAAAGAUACCAGCUUCACCUUCGUCAGGUUUACAUCGGCAAAUGUAAGCCUAGACGGCAUAGCCAGAAUCACUUCUGCGGGCCCUUUAAAGCUCACUGAUACAGAACGUCAACAAAAGGGUCAUGCUUUCUACCCCAAUCCAAUAAACUUCAAGAACUCGUCCAAUGAUACCGCUUCCUCUACUACCUUUGUAUUUGCUAUCAUUUCUGAAUAUCCCACUUUGAGCGGUCAUGGAAUUGCUUUUGUGAUUGCUCCCACAAGAGGGCUCCCAGGAGCUCUGCCAAGCCAGUACCUUGGGCUUUUCAAUGGCAGCAACGACGGUAAUGCCUCCAACCAUGUUUUCGCCGUAGAGCUCGAUACCAUCCAGAGCAGCGAGUUUGCUGACAUCAAUGAUAACCAUGUUGGGAUUAAUAUAAAUGGCUUGAAGUCCGAGACAUCUGCUGGCGCAGGAUAUUAUGCUGAUGACAAUGGUGAGUUUAAGACCCUGAGCCUUAUAAGUGGUCAGCAAAUGCAAGUUUGGUUGGAAUACGAUGGUGUCCAGAAGAAAAUCGAGGUCACUUUGGCUCCUCUUAAUGUCGAAAAACCCAAAACUCCGCUACUGUCUUUGUCGCAUGAUCUUUCACCAAUCAUUGAAGAGAACAUGUAUAUUGGCUUCUCGUCCUCAACUGGCUCGGUCCUAACCGCACAUUAUCUUCUUGGUUGGAGAUUUAAGAUGAAUGACGAGGCUCCAGAACUUCUCAUCUCUCAAGUUCAGCUGCCUCCGAUAUUAGGAGGUAAUCAUAUAGAAAGAUCGAAAUUUUUUAUAAUUGGGUUGCCUAUAAUAAUUGUUAGUUUCGUCUUGGUAGCAAUUUCAGGUGUAGUUUAUGUCAUAAGAAGGAAGAGGAAGUUUGCAGAAUUGCUGGAAGACUGGGAACUUGACUAUGGGCCUCAGAGAUUCAAAUACAAAGAUCUUUUUGUUGCCACAAAAGGAUUUAGGGAGAAAGAGCUAUUGCGUAGGGGUGGAUUUGGUAAGGUGUAUAGAGGUGUACUACCUACCUCCAAUAUUGAGAUUGCGGUGAAGAGGGUUUCCCAUGAAUCAAGGCAGGGAAUAAAAGAAUUCGUUACAGAAAUUGUGAGUCUGGGUCGGCACCGCCACAGGAAUUUAGUACCACUCUUGGGGUAUUACCGCCGACAGAAAGAGCUGCUUCUGGUGUAUGACUACAUGGCCUGUGGAAGCCUAAACAAGUACCUCUAUUACCAACCUGAGCUCACUCUGGGCUGGAGCCAGAGAUUUGGAAUAAUAAAAGGUGUGGCAUCGGGGCUGUUUUAUCUACACGAAGAAUGGGAGCAAGUUGUUGUUCACAGAGAUGUCAAGGCAAGUAAUGUCAUGCUUGAUGGUGAACUGAAUGCCAGAUUAGGAGACUUCGGUCUUGCAAUAUUUUAUGACCGUGGAAGUGACCCUCAAACGACCCAUGUGGUUGGAACCGUUGGGUAUAUUGCGCCAGAGCAUACUCGAAGCGGCAAGGCCACAACAAGCACAGAUGUGUUUGCCUUCGGGGCCUUUUUACUUGAGGUAGCUUGUGGAAGAAGACCUAUAGAGCCACGGUGGCGAACAGAGGAUAUCAUUUUGGUUGAUUGCGUGCUUUCUCAUUGGAACCGAGGCGAAAUUCUUGGGGCAAAGGAUCCAAAUUUGGGUACAGAUUAUGUAGCAGAAGAAGUGGAGUUGGUAUUGAAACUUGGGUUGCUGUGCUCCAAUUCAGAGCCUUCAGCUAGGCCAAGCAUGCGCCAAGUUAUUCAGUUCUUGGAGGGGGAUGUUCCUCUUCCAGAGUUACCUUUGGUUGGUCUUUGUGCCAGCGGCUUAACGUUUGCCAUGACUUAUCCGUCUCCUGUGGACAUUGCGAUCAUGCCUUUGUCUUCCGUCGCAGAUUCGCUUCUCUCGGGGGGUCGUUGAUUCGAUCUUAAAGUGUUUGUUACCCAUUGUGAGUCUGUUUGUAACCAUUUGAGUAUAUGAUUUUUUGGAAUGAUCCAACUAAAAUUUGUUUCUUCAAGGUUGUGCGGUAUAUGUAUGAACAUGGGCCUUCCUCUUAUCAUACAUUUUGCAACUUUGCAUGCUCUAACAUCCGGCGAAAUAGAUGCAUUGGGAGGAAAAUAAUUCA